CAAUCAGCAUCACACACAUCUGAAUUAAAUUCUCAAGUCAAGCCUCACAAUGGCACGAACACGAUCCGUCAAAGUCGCCGCCAAAGAAGCUGCGCCCGAUCCAACGACAUCCCUCGACCCACCCUCGACUCUCCAAACAUUCCCCAGCAAAGCGACGCCAACCCCCCGCCGCCUCCCCAAACGCGUCCUCCCACCCGCCGACGAUGCCUCCACUACAACUUCCCCAAAACCCUCCAAAAAGCGCCGCCAAAGCAGCAAAUACGCCGCGCCCUCCAAAUACUCGCACCUCACGCCCUUGACCGACAUCCUCGAACCCAACCUCAUCUGCGUCUUCGUCGGCACCAACCCGGGCGUGCAAACCGCGACGGCCGGGCACGCCUACGCGCACCCCUCGAACCACUUCUGGAAGCUGCUGCACAGCUCGGGGCUCACCCCGCGGCGACUGUCGCCCUCCGAAGACCGCUCCCUGCCCGCGGAAUACUGCAUGGGCAACACGAACAUCGUGGCGCGGCCGAGCAAAGACGCGGCGGAGCUGAGCAAAGAAGAGAUCGCCGCGGGGACGAAGAUCCUGGAGGAGAAGUUCCGGCGGUACAGGCCGGAGGCGGUGUGCAUCGUGGGCAAGGGGAUUUGGGAGGGGGUGUGGCGGUGGCGGUAUGGGCGGGGGUUUAAGAAGGAGGAGUUUGCGUACGGGUGGCAGGCGGAGCGGGAGAAUAUGGGAAUUUGUGGGGAGGCGGAGGAUGGGGGCGCGUGGGCCGGCGCGAGGGUGUUUGUGGCGACGACGACGAGUGGGCUGGCGGCGAGCUUGAAGCCGGCGGAGAAGGAGGCGAUCUGGAGACCGUUUGGGGAGUGGGUGCAGAAGAGGAGGGAGGAGAGGGGGUUCAAGCCGGAGAGUGUAGUCGUUGGAGCGUAGAAGAGACUUUUGGGCGUUGUAUUUUUGCGUGCUCAUUGCCGGCAGCGUAUGAUCUGAUUGGCAAGAAAGCAAUCUAAUUUAGAGAUCUCUUGGAAAAUUAGGCGAGAUCAAGGGUGCGAUCUCGACGAGGAAGCAAACCAGGGCAGUUACCCACGACGGUCUGUAUCAAUUUCAUAGGUCUCUCCUUAGCUUCGAAAGCAAACCACCGACAUGUGGUUAUAAAAAUAAGGCUCCAUGGUCUUGGGUAAUCCCUGACGUACUACGCUGCAGAGAAAU